AUGGACUGGGAAGCAAUCGAGUAUCAAUAUUUAGGAGACAACAGAUUCUUUGGUCGGCUCGUUGGAGUCUGGCCUAAUCAAGAAAAAUACCUGAAAUAUUUUUUACGAUCGUUCGUACUUCUUACGAUGAUACUUUCUUUUACAACUCAGAUAGCCCGGAUUGUGAAGUUCUUUGAUAGGAACGUUCUAACAGAUCAAAUGAUGUAUCUGACUAUAGGAAGCACCCUUCUGAUCAAACAGUACAACUACAUUCUGAACGAGGACAAGCUAAGGGAACUUCUACAUAACAUCGUGUCUGAUCGACUGAUGGACCGACCAGAAGACGAGGUAGCGAUUUUGGAAAUGUACGGCAAGAGAGCACAAGUCCUCUCAUUCUUCUACAAAGUCACGCUGAUUGGCUGCGGGUCCAUGUUCAUCCUGAUACCAGCCAUACCAUCUGUUCUGAACAUCGUCGUGCCAUUGAACGAGUCACGAAGCCGUGAACUGAUCUACCCGUCUUACUAUUUCGUUGACGAGCAACGGUAUUACUACCCCAAACUGGUGCACAUGGAGCUGGUGACGGUGAUAUUCAUAACCAUGUUCAUUGCCUGCGAUACGCAUCUGAUUCACAUUGUGCAUCAUGGUUGUGCGUUGUCGUAUAUCAGUGGGUAUCGUUUCAAGCAUGCCUUGGAUGACUUCGAUCCUGUAAAUCAAAAUGCCGAGCUAAUAGAUAGAGCCUAUGCGAAAGUGAGACGAUCCAUCGAGGCUCACAAGAGUGCUAUUGAGUUAGUAUCUGUAGGUUAUAAGGAAUUUACGUGUAGUUGGUUCGAGGACCAUCAGUUGGCCACAAUGGAAUUUGAGGCUAGAUUCUUCGUCUACUGCAUUUCCGUUAUGGGCCAAAUUAUUCAUCUGUCGUUCUUAUCAGUCCUGGGACAGUUCGUGAUCAAUACCAGCGAUGAAACCUUCCUGACAAUAUGUGGAAGCUGUUGGUAUAAGGGUGUACCGAAAACGCAAUUGUUGUACGUGUUGGUGCUGAGGAAAUGUUUGGAUUCACCUAAAUUGACAUGCGGGAAAAUGAUUUACUUGAACGUGGGAACUUUUAUACAGGUCAUGAAAGUAUCGUUCUCGUACUAUACAAUGCUAAGGUCUACAUAG